CAUUUUCCAUAUAUACUUGGGGCUUUCUCCCUAAAUCGCAAAACCCGGUUAGGGUUUCAGAGAUGGCGAAUCGCACCGAUCCAUUGGCGAAGAGCAUUAGGGGAACGAACCCACAAAACCUGGUGGAGAAAAUCCUCAGGUCCAAAAUAUACCAAAACACUUACUGGAAAGAACAAUGUUUCGGGUUGACAGCAGAAACACUAGUCGACAAAGCCAUGGAACUUGAUCACCUCGGUGGAACAUUCGGCGGUAAUCGGAAACCCUCACCAUUUAUUUGCCUUGUCAUGAAGAUGCUCCAAAUCCAGCCUGAAAAAGAUAUCGUUGUGGAGUUCAUCAAGAACGAAGAUUAUAAGUAUGUUCGAGUUCUUGGGGCUUUCUAUUUGCGUCUUACGGGUACGGAUAUUGAUAUAUAUCGAUAUCUCGAGCCUCUCUACAAUGAUUAUCGAAAGCUGAGGCGUAAAUUAGCUGAUGGGCAGUAUGCACUGACACAUGUGGAUGAGUAUAUAGAUGAACUUCUUACAACAGAUUACUCUUGUGAUAUUGCUUUGCCCCGCAUCAAGAAAAGAUGGAUAUUGGAACAGAAUAAACUGCUGGAACCUCGGAGAAGUGCGUUGGAAGAUGACUUUGAAGAGGAAGAGGAGAAGGAUGAGGAUGAACAACUUGCCACUGGAUUAGAUGAUGAGCAUGAAAAGGAUUAUUACCGUGGGGGAAGUCCAGCUAGGGAGAGAGAUCGGGAUAGAAGACGAGAUAGUCACAGACACAGGGAUCGUGACUAUGACAGAGAUCGAGAUUAUGAUAGAGACUAUGACAGAGAUCGUGAUUAUGAUAGGGAACGUGGCAGACGUGACAGAGACCGAGAUAGAGACAGGGACCGUCAUCGCCUCAGGGAUGAUAAGGACUAUGGUCGUGAGAGGGAUCGAGAAAGGGAUAGGGAACGUGAUAGACGUGACCGUGGUCGACGCAGGAGUUAUUCUAGGAGCAGAAGUAGAAGCAGAGACCGUAAAGAUCGGGAGGAUGACCGUCGUAAAAGGCAUGCUCGCAGUAGUGCUAGUCCUGCCCGGGAUGAACCUAAGAAGAAGAAGGAGAAAAAGGAGAAGAAAGAAAAGAAAGAUGAUGGAACAGAUCAUCCUGAUCCAGAGAUUGCAGAAGCCAACAGGCUUAGGGCAUCGCUUGGAUUAAAGCCUUUGAAGCUAUGAACAUGUACAUCUGCGUUUGUAGUUUUCGAUAUGUUUGGUGAUGUGUAUCUUUUGCCCUUGUAGCACCUUUACUUUUCUUUUCACUCUUUUAGUGUACUAAUAAUCUACUACUUGAAACUGCAGUUUUGUGCUCUGCAUUUUUACUGCUUGCAAAUUCCUUGCACCUUGUUUUUCACUAGUAUUAUUAACUGAUGCUAAAAAGUCGGUACAAAUUUAUGUCAUUUGAGUUCUCUUUA